UCGCAGGCCAUGGACACGAAAACUGGUCCUGCUGCUCUCAUCCGAAACGUUGCGUGCGUGUUUCGGGGCCUUCCAUACGGAGGACGGCGGCUGAUUAUUGGUGAUCGAUACUACACUUCCAUCCCGCUGGUCCAACAGCUACGCACGAUGGUCUUCAACUACGUGGGCACUAUGCAAACGGAUCGCAAGGGCUGGUGCGAUCGUCUGAAUUAUCCGAAGAAGAAACGCCAAGCGAGGGCCCCACGGGGCACAUUCCAAAUGGCAGUGGCGAAGUCAAACCCUGGUCUGGUGGCAGUGAUGUGGGCGGACAACACCAUGGUCUACUUCCUAGCUUCCCAAGUGACAACUGCAGCAACCACUGUCCGGCGCCGCGAGAGG